AUGGCGUCUAACAAGCGUUGGAAGUGUUAUUUUGGAUGUGAUGCUGACGACGUUUUGCAUCGGUUCCCAAAUCCUGUCCAAAAUGAAGAAAGAUUUAAAUUAUGGACGAGUGUUUUGGACCCAGAAAUGCAAGAAAGAGAUCCACUCUAUAUUUACAAUAGUUUAAGAUUAUGUAACAAACAUUUUGAGAGGUGUUAUCACACGCCUAGUGGGAAAUUAACACGAAACGCGUUUCCAACUUUAAUCACAGUUGCACACCAGGCGUUUAACCAACCAUUACUUGUAGAUGACUCAUUAUUAACAGAAUCUUCAAUUAUUGAUACACCACGUACGUCCGCUACACAAGAAAUUACUCAACCAUUACUACAGAGUGACCUGCUCAUAAAUUUUAUUAAAGAAACAUUGCCUUCUUUAUCACAAGAUAUGGAUGUAACUUCGCAUGUACCAGACAAUUUAGAAAUUCCAUCAACAUCUCAACAUACUAUGGAUGCAGGUAAGAAAAACUAUAAAACUAUUAGUGCUAACAAUACCAAAAAACUUAGAAGAAAAGUUUAUAAACUCGAAAGGAUAAAUGAAGACAUUUUUAAACACUUAAAGAAGACUGUCUGUAGAUUACCCAAAGAAAAAAGAUUGUGCACACUGAUCUUUGAUGAGGUGGCAAUAGAACCAGGGCUGUAUUUUAAUAAAGGUCAUAUCAUUGGGUUUGAAGACUUUGGCUAUAAAAACACUUCGAAAAUCGCAGAUCAUGCGUUAGUGUUUAUGCUAAAAAGUAUCAAAGCAAAGUUUAAACAGCCAAUAUGCUUCACAUUUUGCCAAAGUUGCACAAAAAAAGAUGAUCUGAAAUAUUUAAUAAAGCUUAUAAUCAGAGAAAUUCAUAAAACGGGUCUAAAAAUAAUAGCUACAAUAUGUGACCAGUCACAAACAAAUGUUAGUGUAAUAAAAAGCCUCAGAGAUGAUACAAGGGGAGAAUAUUUAAGGAAAGGAAAUGAUUAUAUCUCUUUUGCCUUUGAGAUUGAUGGUAAAAAAAUUUUUCCUCUUUUUGAUACUCCACACCUUUUAAAAGGGGUGCGAAAUAAUUUAUUAAAAAAGGAUGCCUAUUACAUAAAAAAUGGUGUCGAAAAAGUGGCAAAGUGGGCACAUAUUGUCAUGCUAUACAAUGUGGAUGUUGGUAAAGAUGAAAUAAGACUGGUCAAUAAAUUGACAGAUUACCAUGUAAUUGAAAAAAAAAUACCAAAAAUGAAAGUAAAGUAUGCUGCUCAAGUAUUCAGCCAGAGAGUGUCAUCAGCAAUAGGUUUUUUGGCAAGGCACAAUAUAUUACCCUCCGAGUGUGAAGAUACCUCAUUUUUCUUAUUGACAUUUGACAAAUUGUUUGAUUCUUUUAAUGGACACUCUUAUUCAGGUACCUCAAAAGAACUAGCAGGGUGUCUUAAAAACAAUUCCCCUCACAAAAAUUUUUGGUUGGAAGUUAUACCCUUACUAAAAAGUAUUCAAUUUAAAAAUGUUAUUAAAAAAAGGGAUGGCAUAGAAUCCAUCAAAUUUGAAAAAGUGCCAUCUAUUAUAAACUGGAUUUCCAACAUUGAGACGUUUUUAGAAAUGUGGGAAUUGUUAAAAAAGGAACACCAAAUAUGUAAUUUAAUAACUAGACAGUUUAAUCAAGACCCCUUAGAAAAUUUCUUUUGUGGUAUUAGAAGUAACGGUGUCCGAAAUACAAAUCCUACCUGUGCUCAAUUUGUAAACGCAUAUAAAACACUAUUAGUCAAUAACUUAGUCUCACCUCAUUCAGUUAACGCGAACUGUGAAGCAGACGAUAAUAAAUGCUUGCAGUCAUUAUGUCACCUUUUAAAUGAUCCUAAAGACAGUGCUAUGCAAGAGAAAAACAGUAAUUUUCAUAUCGAUAGCUUUAUAGAUAAUUUAUCUCUUCUAAUUACAGUUGGCGACGAUGAGCAUAAUGUUCUUUAUAAUGAAUCAAAACGUUGGUGUAAAGGUGUAAACCAAUUAAUAAAAGGAAAAAUUGUUACUUUUGACGAAAGUGAUGUGGUAAAAGCACAGGCUAGGAGUUAUUAUUUGAAAAAAUUAAAAAAAAUAAAGCAAUAA